CGCGAUUUCCUGCCCACCACUAUGUUGUUGACUGAUCUUAAUCUGGCGCCGUCUCGUGGUUUUGAGGAAAUGUGUGUGUUACAUCUUCCAGACAUAUAGAAUCGCAGCUAUGGACCAGAAGCCACCUGUGUGGAUGAAAAAAGAGGAAACAGAUGACAUAACAUCAAAGUCAGGCUCCAUGGAUCAGGUUUACCCAUCCAGCAUGAAUGUAAAAGAGGAGUUGGAGGUUGGUGCGAAUAAAGAGUUUCCUGGAGAUCCAUUAAAGAAUGAGGAGCCUAGUGCUGGGGUAAAGCAAGAUUCAGAAUUGAAACAUAUGGAUUGCUCUGAGCUUAAUUUUGUUGAAGAUGGAUCUGGAAUCUCUUGGUCCACCGAUUUUAUCAAGGAGGAUCCUGAACUAAAUGUGGAAGUUGAUAUAACUGACAGCAUUGUGGCAACCUCAACAAGCUAUGCAUCCAGUAGUGCAAGGCGACCGCUGUUGGGUGAACGCCUACUGCGCUAUCAGCCGUGGAACCUCUCCUUUCCCGACGACUUCAGUGCGCUGUGCGAUGAGCGGCAGCCAGAGCUGUCGCAGGUGUUCAGCCUAGCUGCCUCACUGUACGCCGCCUAUCGCGUCUACUGGUACGCUGCAGCUGAGUACAUCGAUUUAUUAUACGAAGAUGAAUUCAAGACUGUAGAUGGAGAACCAAAAUAUAUCCUUCAUCCUGUUGGUUUGAACAAAAUGCAAGCAGCAUUUAUAGGGUACAAAAACGCUAUUUCAACAAUACUGUAGAGAUGUAAGGCAGAACGAACAAUAAGAAAUGUGUCAACAACAACUUUUUUUA